AUGACUGAUGACGACAAUGACAUGAGAGUGAAAAUCAAUUUGAAUUCCUUUUUAGGCGACAGUUUCAGAGCUGCCGCACGUGUUAUCAUUCGGGGCGAAGUGCCCACAGCCAGGCCUAAGCUUUUGUUGGUUAUAUCGCGCGAUAAUAUGAGACUCAAGACAUUUGCCAAGAACUGUUGUUUUAUGAGUAAAUACUCGAGUGAUUGUCUUUGCCAGAAGAUGUAUCGACAAGAAGUGGCGGCAAUGAGUGAUACUUUGAAUUUCUCUUCAGUACCCGAUUUGCUGCUUUCAAAUUCAGCACAGAAUAUUCUGAUAUUAUCCUACUUUCCACUAAUGAGAAGCCCUAACCGAUCGGUUCGGGUUAGGUUUUCCAUAGCAUAUGCCUCUCCCGCGUGUAAUAUCAUGAUCUGUCCAAUUGAUGCCAUCUUCUUGAACAGAGCCCUAGAUAUCAUGAUUGGCUCGAAUAAUGUUUGGUAA